AUGAAAGCCACCGUUAGGGACCUCCCAAGCAAGACGCACGCCACCGUCCCUUACCGCCGAAAAACCCUCCCCGCGCCCCCGCUCGUAAUCUACUUCUUCGUCAUCCUCUUCUCCGUCAUCUGCACGCCCCUCUCCAUCGCCUACGGCUGGCAAAUCUACACCGCGCCCACCGCCGCCUACAUCAACAACACGUGGGCGGCCACGGGCUCGGGCCUGCUGUACUACCUCCCCGCGCCCUUCACGCUCGGGCUCGCCAUCUUCAGCACGUGCCUCUACAGAAAGAGGUCGGUGCCGAUUCUGUACAGCCUGGCCACGGCGUGCACGCUGCUUGCGGGGUGGCUCGUCGUGCUGGUGUGGUGGACGCAGUGCCACAAUGACCUGUAUGGCGACUUUAUGGAGGACCGGUGGUGCUAUCAACGGGGUCUAAGGAGUGGGCGAGGGAGGCAGACGUACAGGGGUGUCGGGGAUAGCUUGGCGUAUGCCAGUAUGGCGUUUGGGUGCCUCCUCAUUAUCAUAUUUCUGCUAGAGAUCAUCGGAUCGGGGAUGGAGUUGCACAAGGGGAGGAAGGUGGGGGUGUGGAGGUUUGCGAUCCCGCCGAAAGGGCGGGGGAAGAAGGGGGGAAGGGGUACGGGGAGCGGCGGCGGGGAUGCGGUGGGUGCGGCGGGGUAUGGGGGAUUUUGGGCUGUCGAUGCAGGUGGUGGUGGUGGCGAUGAUGGGGGCGGAGGAGGAGGAGGAGGAGAUGGUGGAGGCGGGGGAGGCGGAGACGGCGGUGGUGGUUGUUGA